GGGGUUGUCAAGGGAUGGCCGGAGGCGGAGGCGGGAACUCGAGAGAGCUCGACCAGACACCGACGUGGGCGGUCGCCGUCGUGUGCGCCGUCAUCGUCGUCAUCUCCAUAUUGUUGGAGAAGGGCCUCCAUCGCUUCGGGGAGGUAAAUAAUGAAGAAAUCUUGCUUCUUUCUUUCUUUCUUUCUUUCUUUCUUAUUCUUUCCAUGUUUUGAUGGGGUUUUGUGUUCCGGGAGACGGUGUUUUGUGAACGAUUCGGACUUGCUCGCCUUUGUACGCUUGGUUUUGGAGUGUGGAACAACGAUCAAAAGGUGAUGUGUCGGAGAAUUACCCAAGAGAUAGUUUCCUUUUCAGUUUUAUUGUUUUCAUGGGUUUUGGGUUCUGGGAGAUGGUUAUUCUUUUCGGCUGUUUCGAGGCUUCCGGAGCGGAACAGGGACCGAAAGAAUUGAGCUUAGUUUUGGAGCGGAGUUGGGAUCCGAAGGACGUAUCUCGAGGAAGUACUCAAGAACCGUUUGAUGUGUUUUGCCUUGUCUUUGACCUUAUUUUGAGCUCUGCAAGGUCAGUGAUCGGGGGUUGUGAACUUGGUCUCCUAACCAGUAAAAUUGGAAGGAAAAAGUUCACUAAAAGAUCACAUUUUGGAGAUCACGAAACUUCAAGAACGACCUUUCUCUUGUCUACGUGUGCGAUUAUGCUUUGAAAAAACACAUGAAAAGAAGAACGCCGACAAACCUCAAGCGAUGCUUUUAAGUUUCUCUGCACUUGAAUUCGGGAGUUGAAAUUUUGUUGUGUUUUUACUCAGACACUCCAGCCAGAUUAUAGUGUGUUUUGUUGCAUCAAGUUGGCUGACUGAGAAGCACAAAAGGGCACUAUUUGAAGCUCUCGAGAAGAUUAAGGCUGAGCUGAUGAUUCUGGGUUUUAUCUCUUUGCUACUGACCUUUGGGCAGAAGUACAUUGUCAAAAUCUGCGUACCGUACAAAGUUGCAGAUACCAUGUUGCCAUGCUCAAGGAAAACAGAUACAGAGACAGAAGAAGAGGCAGAUGGAAGACACAGAAGGAGACUAUUAACAAAUGCACUCACUGACCCAAAUGUAAAACGCAGGAUAUUAGCUGCGGGAUCGAUUGUUUCAUGUUCCGCGGGAAAGGUGCCACUUAUUUCAACGAAUGGACUUCAUCAAUUGCACAUCUUAAUUUUCUUCUUGGCUGUGUUUCAUGUUGCUAGUAGCUUUACUACAAUGGCCCUUGGAAGACUUAAGAUGGGCAGAUGGAAGCAUUGGGAAAGUGAGAUUUCAUCACCUGAGUAUGAAUUCUCCAAGGAUCCUUCAAGAUUCAGAUUCACUCAUGAGACAUCCUUUGUGAGACGGCAUACAAGUAUCUGGAAUAGGGUCACCAUCUGUUUCUACUUUGUAAGCUUUUUUAGGCAAUUUUUUAGGUCUGUUUGUAAAGCAGAUUACAUGGCUUUGCGCCAUGGUUUUAUCAAUGCUCAUCUGGCUCCGGGAAGUAAGUUUAACUUUCAAAAAUAUAUAAAGAGGACACUGGAGGAUGACUUCAAGAUUGUGGCAGGGAUCAGUCCUGUGUUAUGGGCUUCUGCUGUGAUCAUUCUGCUUCUUAACGUCCAUGGAUGGAAGGAAAAGUUCUGGGCAUCGAUAAUUCCUCUAGUUACAAUUUUGGCAGUCGGAAUGAAGCUGCAUGUGAUCAUCACAAGAAUGGCUAUUGAAAUUGAAGAGAGACAUACUGUCAUUCAAGGAAUUCCUCUGGUGCAACUCAGUGACCACCAUUUUUGGUUUGGACGUCCAUAUUUUGUUCUAUUUCUCAUCCAUUUUGCACUAUUUCAGAGUGCAUUUCAGAUCACAUACUUCUUUUGGAUAUGGUACGAGUUUGGUCUGAAGUCUUGUUUUCAUGAAAAUUUUGUUUCCAUCAUUGUGAAAGUUAUCAUCGGGGUGUUAGUCCAAUUCUUUUGUUCGUAUAUUACACUUCCACUUUAUGCGCUUGUGUCUCAGAUGGGUUCACAGAUGAAAAGGUCCAUAUUCGAUGAAGAGACUUCGAAGGCCCUAAUAAAAUGGCAUCAAAUUGCGAAGAAAAAACAAGAGAAAGGACUCUCACGUUCUUCCUCUGUCCACGAACCGAGCUCCACGAUGAGCCCACAGGCAUCUCCAGUUAACCCUAUGCAGAGGAGUGCAACUGCUGGGCAUAUGGGUGCAGUUUAUACCCCUUCUGGAAGAAGACAUGUUUUGGGCCAUCACAGUUUGGAGACAGAAGUUGAGAUAUCAACCUUGUCCGAACCAACCCAACAUCAGUUGCACGUCGGAGAACAACAGAACACAGAAGAUGAGUUCUCAUUCGCAAUGUUUGCUGCUCAAACAGCAAGAAAAGAGAAACGCUGACAUCCGUUGUGUUGGUUCCUGUAUCUAUUAUAAUUAUAGUUGUCAUACAUCGGCACUAGCCAGGCUUAGAUUUCCCAAGUAGUCCCAAGAACAUGAUGUCUUAGAUUUCCUUGUUGACACAGAUAACAAAGACCUGGGAGCAGAAGCCAAAUUUCAA